GGCAGGUCCAGGUGUCACUACGGGCAGACAGUACAUAAUGCGCAGAGGCCUUUCAGGACCAUGAGUGCCGCGUUUGAAAAGUGCAGAAACGUCCUGGUAACCGGAGCUAACCGAGGCCUCGGCUUACAAAUAGUCGAAAGCUUCGUGACUGGCAGCUUUUCUCCGGGAAAGAUCAUCGCUACAGCGAGGAAUCCAGACGGAGCCACGGAAUUACAGAACCUUGCAGUGAAACAUUCAAACAUACACAUUAUACAGCUUGAUGUUGUCAGUCAAGAGAGCAUAGAAAAGGCUGCUGUGGAAGUGGAUGAGAUUGUGCAGGAGGAUGGCCUCAACUGCCUCAUAAACAAUGCAGGAAUCAAUGUUGUUGCCAAUUUUGAAACUGUAACUGCUGAGAAGAUGUUGGAGAACUUCCAUACUAAUUCUGUAGCCCCCCUCAUGAUCACCAAGGCUUUGCUUCCAAUGUUAAAGCGGGCUGCUGCCAAAGAAACGGGCAUGGGCAUACAUAGAGCAGCGGUCAUCAACAUGAGCUCUCUCCUGGGAUCAGUGGAGCUUAACUGGGGUGAACGUGCAAAUAACUUCAAAUGGUACCCAUACAGAACAUCAAAGAGUGCACUGAACAUGGUCACAAGAUGUAUGGCAGUUGACCUGGAGGAGGAUGGAAUCCUCUGUAUGGCCAUUCAUCCUGGCUGGGUGCGCACCAAUAUGGGGGGACAGGAGGCACCACUGAGUACGGAAGAGAGCAUCGUCUCUGUCUUGAAUGUGAUUGGUGGUUUAUCUGAGAAGGAUCACGGCUCAUUUCUGCAUUACACUGGUGAACCACUGCCCUGGUGAUGCUGCAAAGGACGACUAAUAUACAUUGUUAUCCUGUUUAACAUUACUUGAUGUUGAUUAGACGAGUAUUUAUACCCUUUAUUCUGGUUCAUUUCUGAGAAUUUUCACAGUUUUGUGGAAACAUGGUGACCAAUCCAAACUGUGUUCAUUGCACUUCAGUCAUUUGUGCAGUUUUUAGGGCUGUAUGCACAGUGAACGUGUGAUAAAAGUGCUGAGGUGAGAUGUUUAGACGUUAGUUGUCAUGCAAAGGAAUUUUGACGACAUCACCGGUGAAAUUAAGAAAAACACUAUGCGUAACUUUAACAAAUAUGUCUAGAUUCCAGCUGGAAACAAUGUAAUGUGUUGUUACCUGAAGCACAUGAAACUGAGGCUGGGGAUGUACCGUUUUUAUUAGUUGGGUUAUUAAUCAUAUAGUGUUGAGCGAUUUUGGAAUAAGUGCAGUGUUCUAGAUAGAGCUUUUCUUAUUAAAUACUGUCUAAUUUAA